AUGCUGGUGCCUCCUUGGCUUGAACCAUUACUGCACACACCCUUCUUCAGCGUGUGUCGGAUUCAUUCGGAUGCAGCCAGGAGCGAGUGUAACAUGUAUUGCCUUGAUUGCCAUGACGAUGCUUUUUGCUUUUAUUGUCGUUCUUCAAGACACAAAGAUCAUCAAGUCAUUCAGAUAAGAAGAUCUUCGUACCAUGAUGUAGUAAGGGUCGCGGAAAUUCAAAAGGUAUUGGACAUAAGUGGAGUUCAAACAUAUGUGAUUAACAGCGCUCGAGUUCUGUUCCUGAAUGUGAGGCCUCAACCAAAAACUGGAAAAGGAGUAGCUCACAUUUGUGAGAUUUGCGGAAGAAACCUCUUGGACCCAUUUCGGUUCUGUUCUUUGGGAUGUAAGCUUGAAGGAAUAAAGAAAAAUGGGGAUGCAAACUUUGCCUUGGAUGGUAAGAGUGAAGCAUUGACAACGGGUACUACAAGGGAGAGGAUAUCAAGGAAAUCAGUCUCCACCAGACAGCAAGAAGAAGAAUUGCGUGAAGGCUCAACACAAGACAUGUAUCUGGCCACGCCUCCUCCUCCAUCUGCUUCAAAUGCAAGGAGAAGAAAAGGCAUUCCUCGUAGGGCUCCUUUUGGCUCCUAA